CAAUCCGAUCCGUUAGAUCUGACCGCCCAACGAGGAUCAUGAGAUUCCCCUCACACCACUUCCAUAUUUAUAAAAUACAUAUAUACAAUCGCACUCAAGUACAGCCCUCGGGUCGGGCUAACCCAAUUCCCACCCCUCCGCCCCCCCCAAUGUAUCCCUAAUUUCUCGCCACGGCGGCCCUGGGUUUCACGCUCCCCGUGUGCACCCGUUUUCUGCGGCUCCGCUUCGUCGCGAGUGGAUAAGACGCUUCACUUGCUUUUUAUACACACUCCUCAGUCAAUCCAACGGCCAUUCUUCAACGGUGACACUCGUCGCGUUUCGGACCGUAGAUUAAACCACGACGACCUGUUUAACCCUGGUUAAAAUUUAACCUCACCCAGCGCAAAAUAAAAUCUUAUCCCUCUUUUUAAGUUCUUGCCCUUCUUUUUAUUUUGCUCUGUUUCCCUCUCUGGCUGUUCAGUUUCUCUCUCUUCUGUAACUGAGGAGUUCGAUUGAAGCUCGUUAAUGGCGUCUCAGAUCUACUUUUGAAACUGAAAGUGAGUGCUUGGUUUCGGAGUUCGAACCUACCGCUGUAGUGUUUAGCUGUGGUAAUUGGUUGGGAGGUUGUGCUUCAAUGGCGUACUCGUUUCCGGAAGAGGUGUUGGAGCAUGUGUUCUCGUUUAUAGAGUGCGAUAGGGAUCGGAACGCGUUGUCGCUGGUGUGCAAGUCGUGGUACGAGGUUGAGCGAUGGUGUAGGAAGCAGAUCUUUGUGGGGAACUGCUACGCGGUGAACCCUGGGUUGGUGAUCAGGCGGUUUCCGGAGCUGCGAUCUGUGACGCUGAAGGGUAAACCGCAUUUCGCGGACUUCAGUUUGGUGCCGGAGGGGUGGGGAGGGUACGUGCAGCCUUGGAUCGCUGCCAUGGCCAGGGCCUACCCCUUGCUGGAGGAGCUAAGGCUCAAGCGCAUGGUUGUGACGGAUGAGACGUUGGAGCUGAUCGCACGAUCUUUUAAGAAUUUCAAGGUUUUGGUGCUGUCGUCAUGUGAAGGGUUCAGCACUGACGGACUCGCCGCCAUUGCCGCAAAUUGCAGAAAUCUCAGAGAGCUGGACCUUAGGGAGAGUGACGUGGACGAUCUGAGUGGGCAUUGGCUCAGCCAUUUUCCUGAUUCUUGCACGUCAUUGGUGUCCCUUAACAUUUCAUGCUUGGGUUCUGAGGUGAGCUUUUCUGCCCUUGAGCGUCUGGUGGGUAGGUGUCCCAACCUAAGGACUCUCAGGGUCAACCGUGCCGUGCCCCUUGACAGGAUUCCAAGCCUAAUUCGCUGUGCACCUCAACUGGUUGAGUUAGGUACAGGUGCUUACUCAGCUGAGCUCCAGCCUGACAUCUUCUCAAACCUAGCUGGAGCAUUUUCUAGCUGCAAGGAGCUUAAGAGCCUAUCUGGGUUUUGGGAUGUGGUGCCAGCUUACCUUCCUGCUAUGUAUCCUGUGUGCUCUGGAAUAACCUCAUUGAACUUGAGUUAUGCUACAAUUCAAAGUCCCGAUCUCAUCAAGCUCAUUACUCAGUGUCAGAAUUUGCAGCGUUUAUGGGUUCUGGAUUACAUUGAAGAUAGUGGUCUUGAGGCUCUUGCAGCAUCUUGCAAGGAACUUCAAGAACUAAGGGUGUUUCCUUCUGAUCCAUUUGGAGUGGAACCAAAUGUAUCCUUGACAGAGCAGGGUCUUGUCUCUGUUUCUGAGGGCUGUCCUAAGCUCCAAUCUGUACUGUACUUCUGCCGUCAAAUGUCGAAUGUGGCUCUGGUUACCAUAGCUAGGAACCGUCCUAACAUGACACGUUUUCGUCUAUGCAUUAUUGAGCCACGGGAUCCUGAUUACAUAACCUCACAGCCACUUGAUGUUGGUUUUGGAGCCAUUGUUGAGCACUGCAAGGACCUCCGGCGUCUUUCCCUCUCUGGCCUCCUCACAGAUCGUGUGUUUGAGUACAUUGGGACCCAUGCUAAGAAGCUGGAGAUGCUAUCUGUGGCGUUUGCUGGAGAUAGUGACCUGGGACUUCAUCAUGUGCUCUCUGGGUGCGAACGCCUUCGGAAGCUUGAGAUUAGGGACUGCCCUUUUGGGGACAAGGCUCUGUUGGCCAAUGCUGCAAAGCUGGAGACAAUGCGAUCCCUUUGGAUGUCUUCUUGCUCGGUGAGUUUUGAAGCAUGUAAGCUGCUAGGUCAGAAGAUGCCUAGACUCAAUGUUGAAGUUAUUGACGAGAGGGGACCCCCAGAAUCGAGGCCAGAAAGCUGUCCUGUUGAUAAGCUUUACAUAUACCGGACAGUUGCUGGGCCUAGGUUUGACAUGCCUGAUUUUGUGUGGACGAAGGAUGAAGACGCCGGGGUUUUCCUGACAGAUGUCCUUCCUGACAAAUCCAGAUCAACUCCUCAGAUCUUAAACAAAAAAUUGCAGGUACAUGCUCCACAUUAGCCACUCAAUCAUUUCAAAUUCAAUUUUCUGAAGCUCAAUACAAAUGAGGUGCCCUUCAGAGUGGAAGGGAGUUAUUGGAGGGGUAUGGAGAGGCUCAAGAGCUCGAAUGCCAUUUGUUUUUCACAUUUGGCCGAGCUACGGGGUAACCAUUGGUGAGGAAUAAAGAGAACAAAACUCUUGCUGCUGCUGUUGCUCAUCUUCUUGUGGCUGUUGUAAUUGGGUAUCAGAGUUUGUGAUUUGAUUCAGAGUAGUUGUCAUAAUGUAUGCUAUUUCAGACUUUUGCAUUAUCUAUGCACUUUGAAUUCCCUUGUAUUCAGCGGGCACUAGUUAUUUUCCAGACGCUUUGUGUUAAUUGUUAGCCUCUUUCAGGAAUAAACUUCUAGCUUCUGGUGCA